GUUCUAAAGAAAAAAAUUCCCAUUAGUUACGUGACUGAGAUUUUUGUCCUGUCACGUGUGUGAUUACUUCUGCAAACAAUACAUAUCUGAGGUUUAAGUCAAUGCACGAAAUGCAGAUAUUUAACAACACUCUCCUUUAAUUUCCCUCUGCCUCCAUUCACAAGAAAACGUGCUCCUCUUGCGAGCAGACAAGAUCAGAUUGCGACUUUUGUCUAUGGUAUACAUUAGCCCAAGUUGGAAAAGCUUAUUACCUCAAAAUGACAUUGYUGUCAAACUGACUUAAAGCUAAUCAGAAAUCUUGAACUCACCGGCACCCCUUUUCCGUUUAUAGUCAGCCGUGUAUGCUAAUAAGAACCAAUAAGAACUUAGCAGCAAGCAGACGCUACAUAUCAUUCUAUGCGUCUUUCAAUUAACUCUGAUCCUAUUUCUAAAGGAUCAAAAUAAUAAAGGUGUUCUAAAAGACGUCACUGAACGUCCAACAAUGCAUAGUAAGAAAGAUUUACCGCUUUGAAGUUUCUUAAGAUUUUUCCACGAUGCUGAAAUUUAAGAGAGUCAAAUCGAAAUCGAGCAAUUCUAGKUGUACACCGAAUGAGGAGGAGAUAUCGCUGCGAAAACUGGCGAUUGCUCAAGAUAAUUACUUCAGGUCCCUUUAUCGGUAUGAGCCUCAUGGGUCAUCAGAAUCCCUUGGUUCUGGCAGCUCMAGCCCACUAACUGGAAGACCAAGAAGUAUGCCACCAAGCUACCAUGUGUCAAUCGAGAACUUGAAUGAACAGUUUUGGAAGAGUGUCGAGCUGGCCGAAAAAAAAUGGAGCCCUAGACGUAAAAAUAAAGAAACUCCACCAAAAAAUCCAAAAGAACAAACAAAUGGUCCACGUGCUGAAGUGAUCGAAUGUCCAGCACCCGAUAUGGUUCGUCUACCUGUACCAGCUUCCACUCACCCCAAGUCACAACUAGACAAUCACAUAAAACGAAGGGARCACAAGAAAAGUCUUCCUGUCAGCCACGUUAUAGUCUCAGAACUUGAACGACCAAGAUCAUUCUCAGACAUCGAAAACUUUCAAAGAUGCGCAAGUGCAGGUGGUGAUUCUACAGAUGGUUCUACGCACGUGUACUCGCCACGCCCUCUUUCUUGGUCACCAACACAAUUUCAAAUGAACAAUCGUGUACCAUCAAGGGCUUCUAGCAGUAUCUCAAAGUCAGACAGAUACUCUGAUUCCUCAACAUCAAUUAAUCUAUCUGACACAUGGUCAGAAAGUUCGGAUUCUGAUUCAAUUCAAAGUCCACUGGAUGAUAGAAAUAUGAAAAAUCAUCUGAGCGAUCCUGUAGGAACGUCAAGCGACGAAUCCCAGCAGAACCAUUCACCACCAAGGAAGUACAAAGGAAAUCCAUUAGCAAAUGUAACUUAUUGGGUYGUUGAUUCAAGGAAUUCAGUUGAAAUCCAUAAAGGGUACACUGAGACUGACAAAGGAACGCCACACCAUCAGUCUAAACAUAGAAUGCCACMUCAAUGGAAUGGACAAACCAAUCAUUCAAUCCCAAAAGCAUCUUUAGUUAGCGUGCACACUAAYGUCAACACAAUGUGAUAAGGGGUUUAUAUGAAGAAGACCAUUUAUCUUUGACAAACAGAGCCAUCAUUUAGGCACAAACAUGUAUGAAAGAAAAUAUUCAGCUUAAUGUGCAGGUUUUUAUGGCUGUCUCCAGGAACACAAUCCUACAAAGCUGGCUGACAACAUUCCACUUUUGACAAACCUAGAGUUAUCAGGCAAUGGACAACACAGGGACAAUGAAUGUUAUUUGUAUAUAUUAUAURAGUCAUUAUUUCAGACUUGACAUUUAAAUUAAAGGACAAAACUAAAGACAAUUGUAGGAUAAUCAGUCAUGUAAGUUUUUUGUUGAAUCAAAAUUGCUGUGCAGAGGCUGUGUGUUUACCAAUGAAGGAAAGCUCGCUCUUGGACCAAUGAGAAAGYAGAGCAAAUCUAUAAUACAAGGGUCAUAAUGUAUAUAGAAUGAAAAAACCUAUUCCAUUUUAGACUAAGGAGAAAAGUAGUUGAAGAUGUAAAUAGAUUAGAGUGAUAACACUUAAACCGUGCAACUGCACAAACUAAAUAGUGCUAUUUAUUUGUAUUUAGUAAAUCUUGCAUGCAGUACGCAAAUUAAAUUGAAUUGAUACAAAUGAAGCAUUCAAUACCGUCUUGCUUCAGGUCCACUUUAAGUACAAAUAGACUACUGAUUUUGUACAGUUGCACAGUUUAAGAGUGAUCACUGGUGAUGUUAUAUAACUAGAUUCAGACUGUAUUUUUUGAUAUUUUUGAUAUUCUUGAUAUACAGCCUUUUGCAAAAAYUAUGAGAAUUGUUGAAAUAUCUAAAUAUCAUAAUAUCGAGUGUAUGAUGGGUAAUCUCGCGCGAUGCCCUUAGU